CCCGCCGUGACCAUGGAGGCCAGAGCGCUCUGGCUGCUGGCGGUGGUCCUGGUCUUGGGGUGCCCCAGCUCGUCAGCCCAGUACGUGGGCCUGUUGGAGAGCCAGUGUGCCAUCCCGGGCAAGGACAGGGUGGACUGCGGGUACCCCGAGGUCACCCCCGAGCAGUGCAACAACAGGGGCUGCUGCUUCGACUCGAGCAUCCCCGAGGUGCCCUGGUGCUUCAAGCCUCUGCAGGACACAGACCUGGACAAAACCACGGAGCCCAGUGAGAAACUCACUUGUGCGCGUGGCCAUGUCCUUGACUUGGACUGCAAGGCGGUGGCCGUGGGGGUCUCCCUGGGACCAGGGAGCGAGUUCAGUCCCCAGCCAUGGAACCGCACAGAGCUGGCCUGGUCCUGCACAGGCUCUCCCGGGGCGGUGACGUGA